GUCCUUUCAUCACGGCGUCGCAGCUUCAGGAAAAGCGACAGAAGCGGAAUAUGAACAACAGAACACCGAGGGGGAACAGUAUUUAUUGUAUAAUUGUGGGACAGAAGGAUUUAUCAAUAGCACCGUUCUUCAAAAACAGAAGAAGUUGACACAUUUUAUACGUAACUGACAAAUCGUUUCGUCAUUUAAAGAAGACGGACUUUUUUUUAGGAAGCUAAGCUUGCUAACGUUACUUAAUUGGGAUUAGCCAGAGAAUACAAAGGAGCAUGGCGGAGCCAGGCACUAUAGACGUGACGGUGAAGACGCUGGACUCGCAGAGCAGAAGUUACACCGUGUCGGGACAGAUGACAGUGAAAGAGUUUAAGGAGCACAUUGCCUCUUCGGUGGAGAUUCCUGUGGACAAGCAGAGGCUCAUCUACCAGGGCAGAGUGCUACAGGACGACAAGACGCUGGCCGAGUACAAUGUGGAUGGGAAAGUCAUUCACCUGGUGGAGCGGGCCCCACCUCAGGCGUCACACUCUGGGGCCGGGGGAGGGGGCGUGUCCGGGGCUGCGGGGACGGCCGAGGCCCCGCCCUCCUCCCACUCCUCCACCUCCACCGGCCCCUCCCAGGGAGCUCCGCACGACCGCAACGCCAACAGCUACGUCAUGCUGGGCACCUUCAACCUUCCUAUGAACAUCAUGGACCCGCAGCAGAUCCAGAUGUCGGUGCAGCAGAUGAUGGCUGGGGUGGGGGACAGUGGGCGCAGUGCCAGAGUCAGCACCAGCACUGGAACCAACGGAUCCGUGGACGUUCAGAUUAACGUGGACCAAUCGGUGCAGAGUGAGCCGAGGAUGAGGCUCCUAUUGGCCGAGAACCUGCUGAGAGACACCCAGGCUCUUCUCCACAGGCUGGAGGGCCAGCAGGAACCUGCCUCGACUCCUCCUUCUUCCUCUCCCUCCUCUGCCUCUUCUGCUCAGCCCAUGGACACCUCCCCACCUCCUCCCACGCCUCCUCCCCCACCCUCCACCUCCUCCUCCUCCACCCAGACGGGGCCCUCCCCCCACUCUGGACCCAAUCACCCCAGCCCGGAGGAGCUGGUGGAGAUGAUGUCAGAGAUGAGGAGGGUGGGGGAGGGGCUGCGGCCCUUCCUCGAGCGAGCUUACGCCAUCCUGGGCUCCGCCACCACCGCCGACUACAACAACAAUACUCAGGAGAGAGAGGAGGACCAGCGCACCCUGAAUCUGGUUGGGGAGGCCCUCCGUCUCCUUGGCAACGCCCUGGUCGCCCUGAGCGAUCUGCGCUGCAACCUGGCGACUCCCCCUCCCCGUCACCUCCACGUGGUUCGGCCCAUGUCCCACUACACCUCCCCCGUGCUGCUGCCCGGUGGCAUGUCCCACCUCCCCAUCCCGAUAAACUUGGGAACCACGGUUACCAUGACAACCAAUGGCAGGCAGGCGGCAGAGGGUCAGCCCCAGCCCUCUCAGCCCUCUGGCCAAUCAGAGCAGCAGGGGCAUGCCCCGCCUCCACAAACCUCCUCAUCCAAUCAGCAGCCUGGACAAGGGCAGCCAAGAGUGAUUCGAAUCACCCACCAGACCAUGGAACCAGUGGUGAUGAUGCAGAUGAACCUGGAUGGCUCUGGGAGUGGGACUCAGACUUCAGGACAGCAGAACCCUGGCGGGGCUGGACAGACUGGGACCACACCCUCGAUUCAUGUCCCCGGGCUGCCCCCUGAGUUCAUGCAGGCCAUCGUGCACCAGAUCUCCCAGCAGGCCGUUGCCAUGGCGACCGCGGCGGCGGGGCAGCAGGGGGGGCCGGGACAGCCGGGCGCCAGCUCGAACCCCAGCGCUGACACAGCCACCGCCCCACCCCCUCCACCUCCCCCACAGGCCAGGGUGGUCAUCACCCGCCCCUCCGUCACCCCCCAGAUGACCUCGCCCCCCAUGGGCACCAGGGGGGCAACGAUCAACGUGAGAGCAACUGUGCCCCCGAACGCAGGACAGCAGCCAGGGCAGGCCGGGCCCAUCCCUGCCUCCUCUCUCACUCAGAUGAUCAGCGGCCUGGUGGGGCAGCUCCUGAUGCCAGUGCACAUGGCCGAACAGACCUCCACCUCCACCUCCUCCUCCACCCACACCUACUCAUACUCCUCCAGCUCUUCCUCAUCUUCAUCUUCUUCCUUCUCCACCUCCACCUCCACUGCUCCUCCCUCCUCCUCCGCCAACACCUCCGGCCAGACCUCCACCAGCACCACGAGCACCGCCUCCGCCGGGCACGCGGCCCCGCCCCCAGAGGCCACGCCCACAGAGGCCCCGCCCCCGGAUGCCUCGCCCGAGGGCAACCUGGCCCAGCUGCUGGGGUCGCUGGUGGCGGGGAUGGGCGGGGCCGUGGUGACCCCCUCCAUCACCGUCACCAUGCCGGGAGUGCCCGCCUUCAUCCAGGGGGUGACUGACUUCAUGCAGGCUGGCCAGCCUGUGUUCCCCCAGCCCCCCAGCAGCCAGCAGACAGCCCCUCCCCCCAGUGCCCCCACGGCCCCUCCCCCGGCCCCACCCACAUCCACACCCUCCUCCGGGGGGGGCGAGACCCUGAGCCCUGAGCUGUUCACGGGGAUUGUGCAGGGGGUGCUGUCCACCAUGAUGGGCUCGCUGGGCGCCUCCCAGAACAACACUGAGAGCAUCGCCCAGUUCAUCCAGCGCCUGUCCCAGACCAGCAACAUCUUCACCCCGGGCACCGGCGACGCCGUGGGGUUCUUCGGGGACCUGCUGUCGCUGGUGUGUCAGAGUUUCUCCAUGGUGGACAUGGUUCUGCUGCUGCACGGUCAGCACCAGCCGCUCAGCCGCAUCCAGCCCCAGCUCACACAGUUCUUCCAGGAGCAGUACCUGCACGGGAGAGAGCCCACCGACGCCAACAUCGCCGCUGCGGCAGAGGAGCUUAUCAACGAGCUGGAGGGCUACAUAGAGGAGAGCUUUGCCUCAGUGGCAGUGAGAGAGGGUGUGGAUAUCACUCGGACCAACAUCUCCUUCCUGAGACAGCAGUUCACCCGCAUGGCCACCCACAUACUGCGCUGCACAGAUCACACGUUCGGGGCGCGGUUGCUGCUGCUGUGUACGCAGGGUCUGUUUGAGUGCCUGGCGCUCAAUCUGUACUGCCUGACAGGGGAGCAGAGAGCGCUCACCGCCGUCAUCAACCAGCGCAUAAGGAGGAUGUCUGCGGAGGUGAACCCCAGCCUGGUGAACUGGCUCACCAGCAUGAUGUCCAUGAGACUCCACGUCAUCCUGGAACACAACCCAGUGACCGAGGACCAGAUCCUGCAUUACGUCAUCAACACACAGAGUGAGACGACACAGAGGGCGGAGUCAGAGGCCCCGCCCCAGGCGGAGGUACAGAACGUGGAGAUGGAGGAAACACUCUCUCCUACUCCCGCCACCACCGCUGAGGAAGCCAUGGCGUCGUCACGGGAGACCGGUGACCUGGGGGUGGCCUCCGGAGACGCGGCUGGCCUGGGUAGGGCACCCGCGGGAGAGACCAGGGCAGCUGUCACCAUGGCAGCGGCAGGAGGGAGGGAGGAGCCAGGCGGAGAGGCGGAGCCCUGGGCAGCCGCCGUCCCUGCGGAGUGGGUGCCCAUUAUCAGGCAUGACCUGCUGACUCAGAGGAAGAUGAAGGCACAGCCCCCGCUGUCUGAUGCGUAUCUGCAGGGCAUGCCGGCCAAGAGGAGGAAGACGGCACAAGGGGAAGGGCCUCAUCUCUCCCUCUCAGAGGCAGUGAGCCGGGCAGCCAGGUCAGCAGGUGUCAGGCCUGUCACUACCCCAGACAGCCUGCAGGGGGAGCUGGAGAGGCCAGAACUGCAGGAGGCCUACACAGAACAGGUGAAAAAUGACAUCAGGAAGAGAGUGAGGGAGGACCCGGAUUUUAGUGGACAGCGUUUCCCAAACACACAGCGGGCCUUCUUCUCUGACUCAUAACCCCAUUGGUCGUCCCACGUGUCAAACACAACCUGGUCUUAUCAUUCCUGACUCUCAAAAAUGUCUUGUCCUCAUUCUUGCAAAUGGUGUACCAUGCCUAACGGUGUUAGCGUAGCUACCCCAACUCAGCCUUUACAAAUGUACCAACAGUAUGAAUGUGACUAAGACCUGCGGGCUCACUGGAGGAGCUGAUGUAAAAAAAAAAAAAUGGCCCAAUUGUCUGACAUCCAGCUGACUUCUCUCAUUGGUCAGAUGCAUAGUUGUCUGGGCCCCUUGCCUGUCACUCACCCUGUUCAGGCCAAUCAUAGUGCCACAAUAUCAGCUCCCACCCCUUUCUUUUCCCUCAUCAGCAGGCCAUGAACUUUUUACAGCCCAGUCAGGGCAUCUGCCAAGUAAAUAUUAGGUACAAAGCACCUGGCCUUUUCCUACAGUUGGCUCAUUUCUGCUGUCAGUCACUUAUCUGCCUUGUGAUUGGCUCUCCAUGAGACACUUUCCAAAAGCCACCCUUUCCGAUUGGCUGGAUUCUGCUGUCUGCUGACUCCCCCGUGAGUAGCGUUUCCUGGCAGCCACGCUGUACAAGGCUGAAUUCGGUGACUGGUUUGUUGUAAAUUAAUAUACACAAUACUUUACCGGGUUGUGUUGUCCACUAAUAUGGAUGAUUAUGUCUGCAGCUGAUCGUUGUCUUGCUGUUUGUCCGUAUGGAUCGAGUCAGGCUACAGCUUUAAGAGUCUAAAAGAUGUCCAGUUUAAACUCGUACAUGUCGGAUGGAAUAUUGCACAAAGAUCAUAUGUGGAUUGCUUGGUUUGCUUCUUUAAUCAAAGGUGCACUAAUUAGACUGGAUUGGAAGUAACUGCCAAGGUUAAGAUUAAUUUGAAGUAAUUUCACUUCUUAUACUCUCUAAGCGUACAUCUGGUUGUAAUUUGACAUGCAUUUGUGUAGAGCACAGAAAUCAGGCAUCGUUUUUAAUUAUGAGACCUAAAUUUUGUUGUAAAAAAAUUCCAGUUCUUUUCUUUGCUUAUGAAUGUAAACUACUCCAAAAUAAAGUUUAAACUCCAGUG